UGGAUUGAAAGAUUCUGCAAAUUUAAGGUUGUUUGUGUUUGUAUUGUGUUUAAACAGUUAUUAAUAAGCAUUUAAAAUGUCGAGUACAUCUCAAAAACAUCGUAAUUUCGUUGCUGAACCUAUGGGAGAGAAACCAGUUACUGAUUUAGCAGGCGUGGGUGGCGUUUUAGGAGAUAGAUUGGUGUCUGCUGGUUUUGACAAGGCUUACGUUGUGCUGGGUCAGUUUCUGGUCUUAAAGAAAAACCAAGAACUUUUCAAAGACUGGAUGAAAGACACAUGCUCAGCAAAUUCCAAACAAUCCUCAGACUGCUGGACAUGUUUAAAUGAUUGGUGUGAAGAGUUUUUGUAAAUAUUGCAUUUAUUUGUUAUAUAUACCUAAUUUUAAGCUAAAAAUUUUAAUGAACAGCAUUUAAAUGUGUAC